AAAAAGAAGUAAUGAUAACAACCUUCAAAUAAUGGAGCACUUGAGUGGAUCGGCGAUUCAGGUCGUUCUCAGCCUGAGAGAAGGCAAGGGUUUCCAUCGAAUUUUAAAUCCUACCACUAUCGUUGCAACUCUAAAUGGCCAAUCUUUGGAAAGCGGUUGUAUCGAACCAGAUCCUCAACCCAGUUAUAACACCGAUCUUGUCUGGAAAUCUGACAAAAAUGUCUUGAGAAAAAUGCGGUCCGGCCAAGAACCUGUCAAAAUAGAAUGUUUUGAAAUAAAGGAAACUGGUAUGAGAGAUAAGAUCGGUCAUAUGUUGCUCAGUCUAAGAACCGCUCGGAUUCUCUUGCCCAGAGACCAAGUUGUUGACGUUCCAGCCACUUGGCAUACAUUUUUCAAUCUCAGAAGUGACUUGAAAGCACAUAAACCAGAAAUUUUGCUAUCACUCACCAUAGAAGAACAUGAUGCUUACGAACGUCGAAUUUUGUCCAGAGAGUCUAUGGAAACCCAAAAUGGAAUGCGAGAGGACAAUACACAAAUAUCAUCCAGCAAAUUAGCAUCUCCGUACCUGGUGGAAGAAGAAUGCCUUAUACAACUAGGACCAAUAACAACUUGUCGUUCUCUUUUCUUGCUGGAAAUAGUUGCAGGGACAGCUCAAAAUCUGCACUUGUUCAGAGAGCAAGCUCGUGAAGCAGCGGGUGAUUAUAGUUUAUGGUAUCGUGUACUGGAAAACGAUGUGCAACUGAAAGCAUUUGGAAGUUUGGAGAGACGACUAGCAGUGGACGAAAAAGCAGUUAUAAGGAUAAGAAGCUCGUUGGAGAUUUUGCGAAAUUAUUUACAAGAGAGGCCAAAUUUGCUUCUGAUAAUGCAGCAAAGUGAUACUGUUCUCGGACAUUCCGAGGUGGAUCUCAGGUCGUUGUUACCAUCAAAACUUACGGAACUUUCAUCGAUAAACGAAUCGAAUAACGACAACGUUAUAAAUCGUCGUUGUGUCUUGAACAAACGAACAACGCCGCGAAAUAUCGGAGAUAGCCAAGAUAACGAGGCUUUUCUCGAUCUUCAAUUACGUUUGAUUUACAUAGGCCCCAAACAGACCGACGAAACGAGAGCCACAGAUAUUUUUCAAAUUCCUUCGAGACCACCUGAAAGAUUUGAACCUCCGAACGUCAACGAGGCAACCUCAGAAAUAGACGCCCACAGAAACCCAUGCGGCGAUUUCAACAAAUGUAUUGGUGGCGAUUACAGGAACCUCGGUUGCAGAAAUUUACAAAACGAUUACGAAAAUCCCAGAAUUCCGGACGACCGAUUGCCAUUACCAAGGAGCGUCGUUACUGCUACUAAUUCCUACAACAAUCAUGAAAACAGUGUUGAAGCUUAUCAUUGUUAUUGUCUCAAUGUGAGUUUAACCGGAAUUCAAUCGUCGUCGCCGAUACAAAAUAUUGAAUUCAGGUUUCAUCAUCCAAAAGCUGAGAUAAUGUCGACGCUGUAUCCAAAGGUACCACUUGUAGCGAACGAGAAAUUGCGGCUGCAGGAAAUCGGUUGCAAGUUACAUUUCAUAUCGGCGGCUAAGGAAAUUCGUCAUUUAUUGUUGUCUUUUCCACCGAGAAUCAGCGUUCGUGAUCUCGCUGAUGAAACGAAAAUGCCAUCGGGUCAGACAAUCCUCGAAGUCGACCGUUUAUUUGCACGUGAUGAGCGCGAGAUUCAGUACGAAGCUCCAUUGUACGAUAAUGAUAAAAAUGUCGUAGGAGCAAUAGACGUUUCGAUGUACCUCCAGGAUCAUGGACCGUAUUACAAAACUCACCAAACUGCCCCGGGCGAAAAUUUGGGUCCACCAAUUAUGGACGAUAGUUUAGCUUAUAAGAUCGUCGAGGAACUCGAAAUUUGGAAAGAACGUCAACAAGAGAUAUUUCUCGUCGAGUUGAAGAGGAAAGAGGAACGUCAUCUCGACCGAUUGAGCGAAGAGUGGCAAAAACGUCGGGAGAAUUUGGAAGCGAAGCUUGCCUGCAGCGUCGAACAGUGCAAAAUGCUUGCAAACAGUUUGAAUAUGGCGACCGAGGACUUGCGAACUCGGAGACUCAAAAGCCUUGAGAAAGAAGCUCGACUCAUAAAAGCUAACGAAGAUUUGCAGUGGAGAUACGAAAAAAAACUGCAGGAACUGCAGGAUGCGUUUCAACGAAUGCAAGAAGAACUUCUUGCAAAGGUAAACAUCCUUCACGAACAGAAGAGUAUAUUAGAGGCAGAACUGGAGCCAUUGCGAUUGGAAAAUGAGAAACUCGAUAGAUUGGCGAGCAAGCAGGCAGAAGAGCUGCAAAUUUGUCGUAAAAGUACAUUGACUCAGGACCAAACUGCUUCGUUGAUCCAGGACGUCAAAGCGUUGGAGCAAAAGCUUGAAAGUACUCAAAAAAGUAAAUCGUUCUUCAAGGAACAAUGGGGAAAAGCGGUGAGAGAAAUUCAUCGAAUGAAAAUGGAGCACCAGCAAGCCAUUGAAGUUCAGAUUAAAACGAGCAAAGAUGAAUUGAAAAAUCUUGAUUUGGAAGAGAUUCUUUGCGCGGAUUCGAGUUCUCUAACAAACGACCAAAUAACGCUCGGUGAAAUACAAAAGGAAAUAGACGUCAUAAAGCCAAGACCAACGUUCGGGCGGGCGAACGAGCCGAGCCAUCGAUCGUUUUUUGGGCCUGGAGAUACUGUUUACGCGCCAAAUAGUCCAACGAAAUCCCCUCGCAGUACAGGAAAAUCGGGAGAGCGGGACGACCGUUUGAGUAAACUUAUUGAGGAGAGAGAUUCGCUUUUAAAGACUGGUAGCUAUACGAUCGACGAUGCGAUAAUAAACAAUCUCAACGCAGAGAUAAGAUCGCUUCUCAUAUUGAAUUGAAAGAUGUUAAUUAUUUUUAUACAAUAUUUACGAGGCUUAGAAUGAAUAAAUACGACGAAAUAACAAAAUAAA